AUGGCAGAAGACGAUAGCAACCUACCUCGGAGGCGGCCAGAACGAUGUAUCCACCUUUUCGGCUCCCUCUCCCUCUCGUUUGAUGCCGCAGCAUUCGCGCAGGUACGCAGCGCCGUCCUCGAAGAUGACAAACAUGCCUGGCUUGUCGACGUGGUUCGCCAGCUCCCCCAAACUCUAGAAUCUAUCCUCUUGGAAGUAGCCUCGCUUCAUGAGUCUAGCCAUGUGGCCCGCGAGCAGCUAGCGGACCUUCAUGGAGCCGUUAUGGGUGGCCGGCCUCUGGACAUGGCCUUGCCACUUCCCAAUAGCGUCUUGAUACCUCUUGUCGUCAUCGAUCAGCUCAGCCAAUACGCCAGUUUCGCCCGUGAGAUAGGCGUGCAAAGAGGUAGCAGGCGGGAUGACUGGCCAAGAAGCAACAGGGACACACAAAGUCUGGGUCUCUGCACUGGGAUCCUGAGUGCAAUCGCCGUCUCCACUGCGCGUAGCUGGGCUGAAUUCCAGCAAAAUGGUGCAGCGGCCGUACGAUUGGGGUUGCUGAUUGGCCUUGUCGUCGACAGCCAGGACGCAGCACUUGGAGGGGGACGAUGGCGAUCUCUCAGUGUUGCCUGGAGCGGGAAGCAGGGAGAGGAAGAGCUGCAAGGCAUCUUGGUGGACUAUGAAGAGGUAAGCUCUCCCCUCCACCCUUGCUGA